ACAGAUCAAUAUGGAUGAUUUUUCGUGCAGCCUUCUCUGCGAAGAAAGCAUGAGUUGCUUGGAAGAUGACUUGGAGGAUGAAGAACCACAACACCCUUUCAUUGAUGAUCCAGAGGAUGAGUACAUGGGUGUUUUGAUUGAAAAAGAGAUCGGUCAGUCGGUCAAGUGUUUCAAAAAUGAUGAAACUUUGGUGAUUGAGGACUGGUUGAAGCUUGCUCGCAUUGAUGCAAUCGAUUGGAUUCUCAAAACAAGAGCAGCAUUUGGUUUUCGCGUUGAAACGGCUUACUUAUCUGUCACAUACUUCGAUCGAAUUCUUUCUGGGCAACCAGUUGAAAAGAUUCUAUCAAAGUAUGUGAGUGACAACAAGUGUUGGGCAAUUCGAUUGCUAUCAAUUGCAUGUCUUUCUUUGGCUGCAAAGAUGGAGGAGAGCAAUGUGCCGGCACUAUCAAAGUAUUCCUCUGAGAAAAAAUUUAAUAAAAAUGCAAACACACUGGAAAUGAUUCGAAAAAUGGAGCUUUUGGUGUUGACCACAUUGGAGUGGAAUAUGGGCAUUGUCAUUCCCUUUUCCUUUCUUUCUUAUUUCAUCACAAAGCUAUGCCCAGAAUCCCCUUCAAGUCCUGUUUUUUCCAAGGCCAAGCAACUCAUCUUGGCCACAAUGAAAGAGGUCAAUUUAAUGGAUCACAAACCGUCUGUUAUUGCAGCAGCUGCUACUUUGGUGGCAUUGGAUCAACAAUUGACCUUAAAAACCGUGAAGUUGAAGCUGAGUUUAAUUCCUCAACAUGUGCUUCUUGAACCUAAUGAUGUAUUUGGGUGCUACAUUCUAAUUCAAAGAUUAUAUACUAGAGGAGGGAAGCUUUUACAUACUCCAUAUUUUGAAACGAGGCCAAAAGAUAUGAUAGAAAAUUCUAAUCAACAUACUUCGACUAAGAGAAUAAGACUCGCAUUCUAUGAUGAAGAAAGUCAUGGCAAGGGACUUCACUUGGAAAGUCCAAAAUUUUGA